AGAAUUUUUCUAUUGCAGGUGAACACAAUCGAAGCAACAGAUUGGCCCGUCUAUGUUACAUCGUAUCUCGAAAAUGGUCAAUUAACAACAGAUGACGAACUAUCGGAUGAAGUUAAACGAAAAAUUCCACAAGAAUCACACAUGUUUAUUAUAGAUCCAAGUAAUGACAUACUACGAAGGAAAUUAGAUGAUGGAACUACAGUUCCGUUUGUUCCAUUUAUUAAUCAAUUUGAUACCGUUCGAAAAAGUCACGAAGCAUACGGACACAUAGCCGCCGAAGGUACCUAUCAGUUGCUUCGCACUAGAGCCUGGUGGCCGAAUAUGAAACAAGAUAUCAAAAAGUGGGUAUCAAUGUGUCAGAAAUGUCAAUUGUCAACACCAACAUCGGGUAAUCAUGAAGAAUUACAUCCGUUAACACCUGUACCGGCCUUUCAUCGUUGGUCGUUGGAUUUUGUUGGUCCAUUGCCAAAAAUGGGAAGUCAAAACUGUUGGUUAUUAACGGCCAUAGAUCAUGCAACAAAAUGGCCCGUGGUUAAAGCCGUACCAAAUGCAACAACACAAACAGUAGCAAAAUUUCUACACGAUGAGAUAAUGAUGAAUUAUGGGUGCCCCUCCGAAUUAUUAACAGAUCGUGGCCCGAGUACCAUGUCUCGGGAACUUCGUACGUAUUUACAAACAAUGGGCACAAAGCAUCUGCUAACGUCCGCCUACCAUCCACAGACAAAUGGUACUGUUGAGAGGUUUAACAGAACAUUUAUCAGCAUGUUAAGAAAAUAUAUCCAAGGAAAAACAACGAAAUGGGAUGAAUUCGUUGAUCAAGCUCUAUUUGCAUGCCGGGUACGUGUUCAUCAGUCAACAGGUAGAACACCGUUCUUUAUGGUGUAUGGUGUUGAACCUAAGAUUCCUGGAGAUGAAUUAACGCCAAUACUUGAUGAUCGUGGAAAUACAACGAUUAAUACAACUAGCCGUCUGAACCAACUACAUAAUUUAGCGGUCGACCGGGAACGAGUCACAACAAAAUUGAAAGAAAAUGCUAUCAAGAUGAAGAUUCAGUAUGAUAAACAUGUGAAACACACUGAUCAGUUAAAAACAAUUGAUUGGGUGCUUGUAAAGCAUGAACAGAGGAAGAAGAUGCAUCCAUAUUGGUUAGGACCAUUCAAAAUAAGAAAAGUAUUUUCUCUAGGAACUUUUCAGCUUGAGGACGUCAGCGGACAGAUAAAAGCAGAUUUAGUCAAGCAGAUCCGGUAUGUAGGGAGAAAUACAAGACUUUCAACUCUUGAAUAA